CAAGCAGUCGCGCGGCUUAGUGUGUGCAGGCAUGGUUGUAGGUUUCGUACAAUUGUAUGGGCCCACUUGUAACUCAACGGCCUACUUAAGUUCAAGUUCAUAGACAAUGCAUCUGGAAUUCGUUUCAGUGCCUAAUAUAGAAAUUGGACUCUCUAGUUAAAUUUCAUAAUUUUAAGGCAUCUCAAAUUUUGUUAUUUUAUGUAAAGAAAGAAAAGAAGAACCUGUUUUGAAAUCACAGUUAUCAGCAAGUGGCCUGUUUUCUCUUUCGCCUCUGACAGAAGAAUCGAGAUUACUACUUCCUGUGUGUUUAAAGCUCCUGAUUUUGUGUUACAUUAUAGAAUUCAGGUCAGGUUUUGUGAUUGCGGCAAGUUUAUGUGUUAUUGCUGGGAGAUCUUAUUAAUAUGGAUGCAGGAACUUACUCUGAAGGAUCAAACAAUGUUGUGGUGGUUGCAGCUAAGCACGUGGGGACGCUGGGAAAGGCCCCAUUACUGCGAACGUUAUUGGGAACAAACGGUUCAACAGUGAACGACGUGGUAAAUGCGUCUACAAUUUGUCAAGCGGAUGCAGUGCCUGCGAUGCAAGAAUACUACAAAGCAAUCAAUGUUCUGGGCAUCACGCUAUUUACAGUGGGUGGUGCUUCCGUGCUCUUCAUAUUGCUGAUGUAUGCAGACACGCUGUGGCACAUCAUGAAGAAUGCGUCUCCCCUAGUCAAGACACAUUCUGCUUUUGUGCUGAGUGUUUACCCAGUGGUUGCCGUGGCUACAUACUGUGCAAUUGUCGUUCCCAGAGCACAGCUACUGGCUGAGGCUGUGACUCAAGGGGUGUUUAUGGCUGCAUUGUACCAGAUGUUCUGCCUGCUUGUUGCAUACUGUGGUGGAGAAGCUGAACUCAUUCGCAGGGUGAAACCCAACUCUCUCAACCCCAAGGUAUCACCAUGCUGUUGCUAUCCCUGCUGCUGCCUCCCUUUCAUGACUGUGGACAAGAAGCAUGUUCGGUACCUGCGAUUAUUGAUUCUGCAGUUACCUAUAGUCCAGGGGCUGGUAUACAUGGUCCUGCUUGUCAUGUGGGCUGAAGAAGAGAGCCUGUAUGAGGUGAACUACAUGUAUCUGCAGCCAGUUGUCAUCUUGUCAAUAUUGUUCGGAGUUUGGGGUAUGAGUAUGACAAUCAAGAUGUUAAGUGAGGUUCUCAGAGAUCAUCAAUUGCAGGCCAAGUUCAUAGUGCUUCAGCUGGUGCUGCUGCUUGCCAAAUUCCAAGCACUUACUGCUCGCAUCAUUGUCAGGUUUGAUCUCAUAGCUUGUGAGCCUCCCAUCACUCCUGCUGUGUAUGCUAACUUGAUCUACAACUCAGCGAUGCUAGGUGAGAUGGUAAUUCUUGGUAUUCUUGCUCGUCUUCUCUACAAGAAAGACUUACCAGACAUUGGACUUUCUGAAAUUCUUCAGCCUCAAGAAAUCUGCAUAAUUGCUGACAAGAAUUACAACACAAUAGAGAAGUUGUCCAAGGGUAGUUCAUCCAAGGAACUGGAGCAGAACUGUUUAAAACAACUUCAUGUAAACUGUGCAGAUAAUUCAAAGAAAGCUACUGGGUGACUAAAUUACCCUGAAAUGGAAGAAAGUGUAACUGUGAUUAUUUAUGUCUAAGCUUUACACUUACGUUACAGCCUGGAAGAAAUCCCAAAAAAUAAAAUCAAUUUCAACCUGUAGAUUUACAGAGGGAAGAAAUCACUAGUCAGGGUAAACUGAUGACUUGAAAGGAAAGUUCAUGGGUUGCAAAAAUUUGUAACAGUAUUGUAUAAUGCUGUACUCUUCAAUUUAUUAUACUGUAUCCUGAUGCCAGCAGACAAAUUAAUUUAAAUGUCCUUUUAGAUGGCGGUAACCAGUAAAAGGAAAAUAAAGUUGUCCCUGUGCUUAAAUGAGUAACAUACCAUGAAUACUGAAUUUACAGUUUCCCAAUUACUUCUGCUGUAGUCACUGCCAUUCACUCAAUACGACUCAACUCGUAGCUGCUGGACUUCAACUCAUACUGAAUACUGGAUACUAGUAACUCUAUCUCUCUAGUAACUGGCUCUCACUGACAAAUACUCAUUAUGUAGCUUCCACACUGACAACACAGAAAACAGUUACGUGAUAGCUACCACUGUUGUGUAACAUCAUGUUUACCGAUUGCUUAGCAACAGUUGCUGCACGGACUCGCCUAUUGCAUGAUAUCACAGCCUAGCAGAGAGGGGUGUUUACUGAGCAUUGUGUAAUUAUUGGACAUGACCCCUAUUUCCUGUUGCACCAUCCACGUUACACUGUUCCCUUCUAAAGGUUGUUCAUCCUGAACAGCCUAACGGUACAUCCACGUUCCUUUUCUUUCAAGGCUGUGCUUGCUGUGUCUUCUUUUUGUUCGACUACUCCUCUUGCAGUGACUAUUCUCCAGCCAUUACAUCUGCUCCCUUCUUAAGAUUGUUUGUCCUGAACAAUUCCAUGGUCCAGUGUUCGUCGAUCCGUUGUAUCACAUUCACUCCUCACUUUCAUUCUCUCCUCAUUCACGCUGGGGAGGCCGGUGUUUCUACAUUACUGGUUCCUACUCUGCUUGCAGUCUCUUUUUCCGUUUUGGAGGGGUUCGAUCCCUCCACGAGGUCCAAUCCUUGUCUUGUCAUAGGCCGACAGAAGAUCCAACUAUUCACUUUCUGAUCUUCACGCUGACAAUCUCGUAGAUGGUCUUCUUACGAGUUCUCCCUCCUAGGUACGAUUGCAGUCCUGAUCUACACCCUCCAAUGGUGUUUUCGGUUGGCACCUUUAUUCUCGUUUUGCCUUGCGGGCCUUUCCAGCAUCUAUUUUCCUCUGUUUGUCCUUUCCAGGUUUCUUGUUCAGCAUAGACCCUGGUUGAAUAUUUCUUUACAAAAUUUCCCUUGCGCCAUGUCACACCUGCACGGCUAGUCAUAUUUCUGUCGGCAGCCAAUUUGUGCCACAGUCCACACUUUCCUUGGGUCCAAGAUUUCCUGAAGCUGUUCCUUUUGUGCCAUUCCACUGUUGCAUGGUGGGACACCUUCCUGCUGGUUUUCUUCUGCUGUGCCACUUCCACACAGUGGCUCGUCCCUCUGCGGGCGAUGGCCAGUCUUCUUCGGCACCCAUCCUUUCCCUGGGUCCGUUUCUUCAUUUUUUGCUGGUUUCGGUCCCUACACCUUUUCUUCUUCGGUUCUCCAACUGGCAUUACUUCAGUGUCUUCUAUGAGGAAUUCUUGUUAUUGGGCCACCUCAGAUUUCCUGUCCACUGAGGUCGGCUCUUUUUCUUCUAGACGUGCCUCUAUCUCUUGGCAGGCCAUUGUCUCUUUUUGGGUAAUCGGCAUCAUUUCUUCUUCAGGUUCUCCAACCGGCACUACUGUGGUGUCUUCUAUGGAGACCUCUCAUUUUGCCACCUCAGGUUUCAUGUCCACUGAGGUCGGCUCUUCUUCUUCUAGUUGCGCAUCCAUCUUUUCUUGGCAGGCCAUUGUCUCUUCCUCUGUUUCAGGUUUAAAUGUGGCUACCAUCUCCUUGUGCCUGGCGUCCAUCCUUUUUUGCAUGGCUUCCGUCCUUGCUUGGAUAGCUCUCGUUUCUGCUCAGAUGGCUUCCGUUUCUGCGACCAUCUUUUCUCACCAGGUUUUCUCGUCGGGGUCCAUCUUUUCUCGCCGGGCUUUCCACCUGUCAUCAGUCCUUUUCUGGGCAGCUUCUCUAUCGGCCCUCUUCCACCAUCUGCUGGGAGUCCAUUUUCUUUUUGCAGGGUAACACUUUAUGUACUUGUAAAUUCAACUGUUCGUCCUAAAUUAUGGCGUGUUUAAGUUCGUAGACACUUCUGACACCAAAGUGUCACGCGACAAAUAACUUCAUGCUGUUUUGGAUCUAUCGAAUUUAUUCCACACUCGCUCUUACACUUACACAAUUUUCAAUUUCCUAAUUACUGCCAUCCGCAGUCUCACAAUUACUUCUCCCGCUGUAGUCACUGCCAUUCACUCAAUGCGACUCAACUCAUAGCUGCUGGACUUCA